UACAAUAUGGCGGCCGGAUCCUAACGCUCCCCAGCCAGGGACCACCGCGAAGGUCCUCGAGCCGGAAGCCACCUCUGGAAAGGAGAAGGCCGGUACCACAGUCUCCUCUUUUCUUUUCGGCCCGGGGCCGACCGAGGGCUGACGGCGUCAUCCGCGUUCAGGAUGAAGAACUACAAAGCAAUUGGCAAGCUAGGAGAGGGGACGUUUUCUGAAGUUAUGAAGAUGCAGAGCCUGAGAGAUGGAAACUACUAUGCAUGCAAACAAAUGAAGCAGCAUUUUGAAAGCAUUGAGCAAGUGAACAAUCUCCGGGAGGUACAAGCGCUGAGGCGCCUGAAUCCACACCCAAACAUUCUUACGUUGCAUGAAGUGGUUUUUGACAGAAAAUCUGGUUCUCUUGCACUAAUAUGUGAACUUAUGGACAUGAAUAUUUAUGAGCUCAUACGAGGGAGAAGACAUCCAUUAUCAGAAAAAAAGAUCAUGCAUUACAUGUAUCAGUUGUGCAAGUCGCUGGACCACAUGCACAGAAACGGGAUAUUUCACAGAGAUGUAAAGCCAGAAAAUAUACUAGUAAAGCAGGAUGUCCUGAAACUAGGGGACUUUGGGUCGUGCCGGAGUGUCUAUUCUAAGCAGCCCUACACAGAGUACAUCUCUACCCGGUGGUACCGGGCCCCAGAGUGCCUCCUUACUGACGGGUUCUACACAUACAAGAUGGACCUGUGGAGCGCUGGCUGCGUGUUCUACGAGAUUGCCAGCCUGCAGCCCCUCUUUCCUGGUGUGAAUGAACUGGACCAGAUCUCAAAAAUCCAUGAUGUCAUCGGCACACCUUGUCAGAAGACCCUCACUAAGUUCAAGCAGUCGAGAGCUAUGAGUUUUGAUUUUCCUUUUAAAAAGGGAUCAGGAAUACCUCUACUGACAACUAAUUUGUCCCCGCAAUGCCUCUCCCUCCUGCAUGCAAUGGUGGCUUAUGACCCUGAUGAACGGAUCGCGGCUCACCAAGCUCUUCAGCACCCCUAUUUCCAGGUGCAGAGGGCAGCUGAGACACAGACCCUGGCCAAGCACAGAAGAGCUUUCUGCCCCAAGUACUCCACGGUGCCAGAAUCAUCCAGUCACAACUGGUCAUUCUCAAAGGAAGGCAGAAAGCAGAAGCAGUCCCUGCGGCAAGAGGAGGGCCAUGCCAGACGACAGGGGCCGACCAGCUUGAUGGAGCUCCCCAAACUGAGGCUAUCUGGAAUGACCAAACUGUCAUCAUGCUCCAGCCCUGCGCUGCGGUCAGUGUUGGGCACUGGAGCAAAUGGAAGAGUCCCUGUGCUGAGACCCCUGAAGUGUGCUGUUGUCAACAAGAAGACAGACACGCAGAAGGACAUCAAGCCUCACCUGAAGCACUGUCACCUGCCCACGAUCAACAGGAAAGGGGGCGAGUACUGAGCGGCACGCCGCCGGGCCGUCCUCGGAGAGCACAGGCUGGCACCACGGCAGGCGCGCCUCUGCGGCUGAGGGUGGAUGGGCCCGAGGAUGCCUGUGAGCUGGGGCCUCACAGUGCGUGGUGGCUCCGGACAUGCUGCCUUGCAGCCCGUCUCCACAGCCUGGAGCCUCGUGUGUUGGCAACUCCAAAGCAGCUGUACUGAAUGUUUCAGUUUAAUAUAUUUGUAAAACCACCUCAUUCAAGGAUUUACUCAUUUUGUUAAUGUAAGGCUCUGAGGUGACUUUAUAUGAAUGAACAGAUAAGACAGGGUGUGCUGCUCAUGCCUAUAAUUCUAGGACCGGGGAGGCAGAGGAGGAAGAGCCCAGCCUGGGCUACAUAAACCCCAAAACAAACAAACAAAAAACAAAUAAAAGACCAAAAUCUG